CUAAUCAGCUCUCAUUUUUUUUUAGCAUUGUCUGUUUAGACAUGCUCACCACCCCCCCCAUCCUGUUCUACUUCAGCAUCAGAAGGAAAUGAAGCCACAAUGAGAACAAAAAGAGCUGUCACACCUUUUGUCCCCUGCCUCCUCCUUCCCUCUUCACAGUCUUACCCACAUAGAGCUACUCCACCCCAGUUGGACUGUAGCGUGACAUCCCUGCCUGCCUGAGGGAGGAUGAGAAGGGGAAACUACAGCUGCAGACAAGUGACACCCAGAAGCCAGGAGCUUCUGUAAGUACCAGGUCUGCACAAGACCCAAGUCAGCGCAAUGGCAAUGACGCUGGAGGAAUUCGUUCACUCCCUUGACCUCAGGACCCUUCCCAGGGUUCUAGAAGUCCAGUCGGGCAUCUAUUUUGAAGGUUCCAUUUAUGAAAUGUUUGGAAAUGAAUGCUGUUUAUCAACAGGAGAAGUAAUUAAAAUUAUUGGUCUCAAAAUUAAGAAGAUCAUAGCUGAAAUUUGUGAGCACAUUGAGGGUUGUGAACGUCCGCAACCAUUUGAGCUGCCUAUGAAUUUUCCAGGUCUUUUUAAGAUUGUGGCUGAUAAAACCCCAUACCUUACUAUGGAAGAAAUUACGAGGACCAUUCAUAUUGGAUCAAGUAGACUAGGGCAUCCUUCCUUCUAUCAUCAGAAGGAUGUAAAACUAGAAAAUCUCAUGAUAAAGCACGGUGAGCAAAUCAUGCUCAACUCAGUUGAAGAGAUCAAUGGAGAAAUAUUGGUGAACUGUGGAGUGGUAAGGAAUCAUCAAAAUCACUCAUUUACCUUGCCUUUGUCACAAGAAGGAGAAUUCUAUGAGUGUGAAGAUGAACAUAUUUAUACCCUAAAGGAGAUUGUCGAAUGGAAGAUACCCAAGAACCGAACACGAACUGUGAAACUUACAGGUUUUUCAAAUAAGUGGGAUUUAACAAAUCCAUUUCCUAAAGGCUUUUACGGUGCUCUGAUUCUCAAGCCUGUUUAUGAAAUUCAAGCUGUGAUGAAAUUCCGAAAGGACAUAGUCCGCAUCCUCCCCAGUUUAGAUGUUGAAGUCAAAGACAUUACUGACAGUUAUGAUGCCAACUGGUUUCUUCAGCUAUUAUCUACACAAGAGCUCUUUGAAAUGACCAGUAAAGAGUUUCCCAUAGUGGCUGAAGUCAUAGAGGCACCUCAAGGAAACCAGCUGCCCAGAAGCAUUUUACAGCCUGGGAAAACCAUUGUGAUCCACAAAAAGUAUCAGGCAUCGAGGAUCUUAGCUUCAGAAAUUCGAAGCAAUUUUCCUAAAAGGCACUUCUUGAUCCCCACUAGCUAUAAAGGCAAAUUCAAGCGGCGACCUCGGGAGUUCCCAACUGCCUAUGACCUUGAGAUAGCAAAGAGCGAAAAGGAGCCUCUCCAUGUGGUGGCCACCAAAGCCUUUCAUCCCCCUCAUGAUGAGCUGUCAUCUGUAUCUGUCGGGGACCAGUUUCUAGUGCAUCACUCACAGACGACUGAAGUCCUUUGUGAGGGAAUCAAAAAAGUGGUGAAUGUUCUGGCCUGUGAAAAAAUCCUCAAAAAAUCCUAUGAGGCAGCACUGCUCCCUUUAUACAUGGAAGGAGGUUUUGUAGAGCUGAUUCAUGACAAGAAACAGUACCAGAUUUCUGAGCUCUGUUCGCAGUUCCACUUGCCUUUCAAUGUGAAGGUAUCUGUGAGAGAUCUUUCCAUUGACGAAGACAUUUUGGCUGCUACACCAGGACUGCGGUUGGAGGAAGCCAUCACAGACUCUUACCUACUCAUAAGUGACUUUGCCAACCCCAAGGAGUGCUGGGAAAUUCCUGUCAGCCGCUUAAAUAUGACUGUUCAGUUAGUUAAUAGUUUUUCUAAGGACACAAAAUCAUUUCUAGUCAGGACUCUGGUUGAAGAGAUCACUGAAGAACAAUAUUACAUGAUGCGAAGAUAUGAAAGCUCUUUCUCCCACCCCCCACCUCGCCCUCCCAAACAUCCUGCAGUGGAGGAAACAAGGUUAACCCUGCUCACCUUGGCAGAAGACAGGGCCAUAGGUCUUCCUAAGUCUCCCAAGAGUCUCCAUGUAGACAAGAAACUGCACUCAAAUCAAGCUGGCCUGGAUUCAAAAGUACCAGUUGGUUGUCAAAAUGAUUCGGCCGAUCUGGAGAAAGAGAAAAGCAAGAGUGGGGCAACUGUCGUAGCAGCCACCAACGUAACCACAGAAAUCUCCAAAAGUAAAAAACAUCAAAAGUAAUGAGAUGCGACUGAAGCCACCUGGGCAGUGAACAUAAAUGUUGCAAUGGAAAAGUAAUUUUAGCCUUCAAGCCGAAAACAACUAUUCCCCAACAGACUUCAGAAGAAACUUGACUGGCCAUGGCAAAGGAAAAACACAACCUUAAAAGUUUUAACAGAUAAUACUUAAAGAGAAACCUAUGAUAUGGAAUUCACAUAAUCUAUUCUGUUGUGCCAAAAUCUGUAUAUAUGGUUUUAUUGUUACUUAGGACAUAUUUAUUUAAUGUGCACACACUUUCUGUGAUUCCUGUUUCCCCUGCCAACCAUGAGUCAAUUGAAAAUGAAUUUUAUAUUUCAGUUUCUAGGUGAACCAGUUGAAAAUAUGUUGAAAGCCCACCCAAUAUUUUCAGGGUUUCAGAAUUUGGUUUCUUUCUAGAAUUUUUCUAGAAUUAUCAUCAUUCCUGCUAAAAAUAACUUAAAAAAUAAUUAUAUCUGAGAGUGAUUUAAAAUACCCAAGUUUCGGGGCGCCUGGGUGGCUUGGUC